UCAGGUGAAGUGAAUGAGAACAGGGUCGAAGGGGGAGCUCAGACUUUACGUGUGAUAGUGCGGAUCGAAGGAGCGAAUACAAGAACAUGGAAUCCAGCUGGGCGAAGCGGAGGUUUGAUUCUAUAUCCUCGUUGUCAAUUUCGACGCGGGCCCGUGUCCGGGCGAUCCCUCCAGAUCCAUCAUGUGCAGGCGCUUCUUUACUGAUCGACUGUGGUAAUGGAAGGUCUCUUGCUAUUCGUUCAUAUCAUUCACGCAUCUCCAUUUCUUGCCCAGGAUUCCCACUGUCCAUGCACACAGGACAGCCCGUCUUCGUUGUAAUCUAGUCAUUUUCGGAUUUAUUUGUGGAUCGGUCGAGGGGGUUUUUCAAGAAAUGGUGAAAGCCGCAGGAAAAAAGUUCGAUCUUGCUGCACGGUCCUCCCUCGAUGGUCUACUGGGUCAGUGGAGUUGACCAAUGUGUUGCAACCAUCGGAAGUAUGUUCGGCCAACUGAGAUCGCCACUGUGAAUCUUAUCGCGUGGCUCUCUGGUGGUUCUUUCAGCGCUUCUUGAUGCGGUGAGCACUUUGAGGCUUACGAAGUGCUCGAAAAGGGUCUGAAUUACGUCAGCAGGAUCAGGGGUUCAGAACAUGGUUAACUUGACAGAACGACUUCCUCAAUAAAGAAGAAGAAUCUUCUAAUCUCCCUCAGAUCUUUUCCAAAUCCCCUGAACCCUAGUGGAUGUGGGGUAGGAUUUGGGACCUGCGUGAUUAGUUUGACUCUGAAGACACGUAUGAUGAGUGUCAUUCUGACUAGCCUCGAUACCAUACGGUAUGGAUUGUCUACUGCGUGUAGGAUGUUCCCCGAUGAUAGAAGUUCCCGAUAGUUUGAUUGGUUUUAGGGUACGCCCGCGGUUUUCCAUUUAUUUGUUAGGUGAGGUUUAAGUCGUUGUUAAGUGACGGCAUGUUCAGUUCAAAGAACAAUUCUUCUCCAUGAUCGUACUCAAGAAAACUUUGUUUGAAGGUUUUCUCUUCCAAGCUUUCCAAUAAUUCAUAGGAAGCAUUUCAGCUUGUACACGUCUGAUAUAACUGCCUCUUGAAUUGGUGUCAGAUAGACCCCACUGUCAUGCAUUGAACGGCCUUGGACUUGCAAAAUAAACCCGUUUCAAAGAUGCUCCGCAUAUGAGCCUUCCCAACUUAGUUAAGUGAUGACAACUUUUGUCUAGCAUUUGUGUCUUAGAUAGAUUUACCUAGUUCAUUACUGGGGAAAAGUUGUGAUUACACCUCAACUAUUGCGUGUGCUGCUAUCUGUUCACAGUUUAUAUUAUGGUGCUUUAUGAAAAGACUUGAUUAGAACCGCAAAAGAAUGGAGGUGAAUGCGCACGUGGAAGGCCGG